UGCUUCUGUACGAGAUCGAAAACUGGAAGGCUGCUGUCUUUGGUGGCGGGCUGGCAGUUGACUCUUUUUUUUGUAAAAAGUACAUGCCUGGGACUCGGGAGCUCACCGUCAACCCACUGAAGAAUACAUCCACUCACUGGACAGCAGCUAUCCAUGGCUUCAUCAACCUCCACCACCACCACCACCACCACCACCACCACCUCUUCCUCCCGCUCCACGACAACCACCCGCGUGCCUGCCAUGGCAGCUACGCGCAGCAACAGCGCGCUCAAGUCACCCACCAAGCCGUCCUCCUCACAAACAUCACCACCAUCACCGUCACAAUCACAGCCACAAGCAGCAGCAGCAGCUCCAGCAGCACCAGCAGACCAGCAAGACCCGCCCCCGCCGCCGCUCACCUACGAGGUCCUCACCACCGACGACGCCAAGCGCGACGCACUGCAGCUCGUCGCCGACAGCAUCGCCCAGCAGCGGCAGGUCGCCUCGCUGGCCGUCAUCUUCCACCCGGCGUGCCUCGUAGCCGUCGUCGCCGCCUGCGCCCUCGCCUGGCGGCACAAUGCCGCGCGCGACGUCGGCACCGCCAUGACGGCGUGCUCGGGGCUCGUCAUCGCCUUUCUCGCCGCCGUGCGCAUGCUCACCUCGCGCUACGUCAACCUCGCCGAGGCCUUUCGCUGGCGUGACUUUAUCGCCCCGUCGCCCGCGUCGUCGGGCCAGGGUGGUGGGGAUGAAAAGGAGGACCUCGUGCUGGCAGCGCGGUUCGGCGACGAGCUCAUCGGCGCGCUGGUCCUGCGGCUGGUGUUCCCCGCCAACGCCACUGCCGACGACGGUGACGUCGAGAAGAAGGGGGGGGAUGAGGAGGAGGAUGUGAGGCUGACACGGAGAAGCAACAAGACCAACAAGGGCGUCGCAAAGAACAAGAGGUCAAAGCAGCAGCAGCAGCACGAUGGCGACGGCCGCGCCGGCGCAACCCCGCAAGCCGGCCUCGUGCGCGCCUGGACGACCAAGCUCCGGUACCGCGGGCGCGGCGUCGGCGGCGACCUCCUGCGCUUCGCCGUGGUGACGACACGUAGCGCCUGCGGCGGCGGUGGCGACGACGUAGCCGCGCCCGUGUCCUUUGACGCCGCGCACGCCAACAGCGCGCUGCCGCUGCCCGACAUGUUCAACCGGCCGUUCCGCGCGCGCGACGACAAGGCCCGCCGGGCGCUGGCGCACGCGCUGCGCGACUGCGACGCGGGCGACGGCAGCGCCUUUGCGUUUCGGUAGCAGCGGCAGCAGCAGCAGCAGCAGCAGCGGCAGCCCCUGGCGGAGAAGGGGGUCGGGAGGGACAGCGAGGUCUUGUUGAUCUGGGUUCGCAUCAAAUAGUCUGGCGCCCGAACAGGAAACCCCUUGAUAUCAUAGACAUAAUACACUAAAUCCAUC